AUGGCCUGCUACAACCGCUGCCAGCCCUGCGGACCCACCCCGCUGGCCAACAGCUGCAACGAGCCCUGUGCCCUGCAAUGCCAGGACUCCCACGUUGUCAUCAACCCUUCCCCCGUGCUGGUCACCCUGCCGGGACCCAUCAUGACCUCCUUCCCCCAGAACACCGCCGUCGGAUCCACCUCCUCGGCUGCCGUGGGCACUGAACUCAGUGUGCAGGGACAGCCCAUCUCUGGUGGAUUUGGUGGCUUUGGCUAUGGCCUUGGCUAUGGCUAUGGGCUGGGAGGCCUGGGCUGCUAUGGCAGAAGGGGCGGCUACAUCUGCUAAGGGCCCUCGGCACCACCCUUAACACCAACCACCCACUGUGGGGCUGGAAGGCAUUGAUGAUCUGGCAAAACCUCCUGUAACCAAAGGACCUUGGCUGAUGGCCACUCUACUUGCACCUCAGCCUGGCUCCCUUCCAUUUGCUGUUCAUGACCUUUCUGUGUUCUAACUCAAUAAAGUUUUCCUGCAUCAUA